AUGCCACGUAGAGAUCUGGGCGACGACAAUGAUGAGCGAUCCCCGCUCAUUCGCGCUGUGAACAUUCAGCAUAGCGAAGUCCCACAAGCACCACUUGCCGAAACAUCAACCUCAGAGGAAGACUCAAGCCCAAAUGAACGCCUCCUCUCCGGUGACAGACCGCCCUCGGAGACGAUUGGUCUCGAAGACUCGGUUGUUGUCAGCAAAAGCACCUGGUAUUUGAUUCUGUUGACUGCCAGCAUCGGAGGACUCCAGAUUGUCUGGUCUGUCGAAUUUUCCAAUGGAUCGCCUUACCUAUUGUCUCUUGGCAUGAGCAAGGCUCUCCUUGCUGGGGUCUGGCUUGCUGGUCCUCUCACGGGAGCCCUUGUGCAACCGUACAUUGGGAUUCUCAGUGAUAGAUGUCGAGUGUCUUGGGGCAAACGCAAGCCUUUCAUGAUUGCCGGUACCCUCGGAGUUAUUGUGGCAUCCAUGAUACUUGCAUAUGCGCGGGAUAUUGUCCGCCUGGUUGGAAGACUCGACGCAGAUGCACCAUAUACCGGAGGGUACAUGACGGCGACAAUAAUCCUGGCUACUGUCAUGAUGUGGUGUCUCGAUUUUUCCAUUAACACAGUUCAAGCAGCUAUUCGCGCCUUUAUCGUUGAUGGUGCACCCUCCCAUCAGCAAGAGUCAGCGAAUGCCUGGGCCUCACGUAUGACUGGGGUCGGAAACGUAUUAGGAUAUGUCUCUGGAUAUCUCAAUUUGCCAAAAUACUUCCACUUCUUCGGAAACACCCAGUUCAAGGUCUUGGUUGUUAUUGCAUCGAUCGCAUUGAGUUCGACAGUCUUGCUUAGUAUCCUCACCAUCAAGGAACGGAAUCCUCGGCUCGACCCUCCAUCCAAAGCGCGUGACGAGUCUACGGGGUUCGCAGCCUUUUUCAGACAAGUCUUCGUCUCGAUCAAACGUCUCCCACCUCAAAUACGCAAAGUCUGUGAAGUUCAGUUCUUUCAUUGGAUCGGCUGGUUCCCCUUCCUGUUCUAUAUUACCACAUACAUUGGCCAGCUCUACGUAAAUCCGUACCUGGAGCCAGGACUCUCCGAUGCUGAGGUUGAGAAGCUAUGGGCGAAAGCUACGCGAGUAGGCACCUUUGCUCUUCUCAUAUACGCCAUAACUGCAUUUUCAUCGAACAUUGUGCUACCAUUUCUGGUGGUUCCAGCUUACAAACCCAAGGAGCCCGCGGACGAAGAAGAUGACAUCUUCACGCAGCCUGUCCUCACCCCGACUUCACCCAUCGGCACGAGGUCAUCGGAAUUUCCCUGGUUUGAAGCCCAUCAUCACCGGGCUCAUAGUGAAGCUGUGGCAUCGGAGCCUCCAAAUGGCGCGAGGCAUGACGAAGAUCAUUUCUUCGAACCGCCUCAACGAUCACAGAGUGACCUCGACGUCAACCGUUACGUUUUCAGGAACACUCAAUUGUCCGAUUCAACAGCAAAGGGUCCUAGUCGGUUUAGGCGAUGGCUGACCAAAUUACAAAUUCCCGGACUGACUCUUCGACGAACGUGGCUAUUUUCACAACUGUUGUUUUCGGUUUGCAUGUUCAGUACUUUCUUCAUUUCUACACCGCUAGCGGCGACCGUCAUGACAGCUUUCGUGGGUGUCUCGUGGUCCUUGACGCUUUGGGCUCCUUUUGCCUUGAUCUCUGCGGAAAUUUCCAAGCGGGACGAGGUGAGACGAAAGCGCUACCGGCAACGGUUAAUGGACGGCGAACACGACAUCACCGAUAGUAAACUGGAAGAAGAGGAAGAUCAAGCCGGGAUCAUUCUUGGCCUCCACAAUGUUGCUAUCAGUGCUCCACAGAUUGUAGCCACACUUAUCAGCAGUGCCAUCUUCAAGCUCUUGCAGAAGCCUAGAAAUGUCCCCGGGGAUGUGAGCGUCGGGUGGACCUUGAGGAUUGGUGGAGCGGCCACCCUGGUCGCCGCAUUCAUCACUUGGAGGAUGCAAGAGCCCGCAGAUGAAACCGAGGAUAAUCUUUAG